AUGACAGAUCGAGUGCGAGGAAACGAGCCAGCUGCGGGGAGCCUGCAUCCUGUGGACAUCGCGGUGUUCUGCAUACUAACAGCUGCCGGAUACAUCGUCGGUCUGUACUUUUCCUUCAAGGGCAGACGGAGUCAGGUGCCGGCUGGCGACCUGAGCGGAACGUCGGCCGUUCUGGACGCAUUUCUUGGUGGUCGUAGUUUGCCGGCUGCCGCACUCGCCGUGUCCGUGCUUGCAUCAGUCGCCUCCUCGGCGAGUGUGGUGAGCUUCAUCGGCCACUACUACGCGUAUGGAUUCCACGUUGAGUGGACACUGACUGCGAUUCCGCUUGCUGCUGCCACGUGUUCGUUCGUGCUCGUUCCCCUUCUCUACGAUCUGCAAGUGGCGUCUGUUUUUCAGUACCUACGCAUGCGCUUCGACAAGACAGUGGGCAUCACUGCCUGCGUCGUCUACUUCAUCCUCAGUGAACAAUUUAUACUGCUCUGGGUGACUUUGGACCUAACAAGUGACGAGAACGUCUGGAGUGGGCUGGCGGGAGCAGUGCCGUUCAGCCUUGUCCGAACUGGGUUUGACCAGAUGGCGGUGCAGAGGUUUAUGGCUGCGCGGACACUGCGGGAUGCCAAACGAAUAGCCGUUGCGGGACCACUUUUCGUGCUGCUUUUCUUCUUCGUGGCAGACUGCGCGGGCAUAGCCAUCAUUUACUGGUUCAGAGACUGUGAUCCACUCCUCCGUGGCGCCAUCAAAAGUUACGAUCAGAUUAUUCCACAUUAUAUGAUGACAAACCUCGCCAACGUGCCCGUGCUCAGAGGUUUAUUCUUGGCCGGACUCGUUGGAGCGUCAACAAGCACCGUAUCAUCGAUUGUAAACUCCCACGCAGCAAUAUGUUACAUCGAUGUGGUCACACCUUACGUCAAGAUAAGCGAGCAGAAGGCUGGCCUCGUAAUGCGCCUUCUAGGUAUGUCCACUGACCUUUGGAUAUAA